AUGCCUGUAUCCCUGUUGUCGACGCAACUAAGGCGCCGACACCACUACUUGGGUAUUGAGCCAGAGGACCAGCACGCAUAUCUCUGCCUCAAUCCCGACCACCCUACUCAAGAUACGACCAAAGUGUUCACCACGUUUCACAAAUUAUCAGGACGAAAUUUGGACGAUCUAGCUGGCUCAGUUUUCUAUUCCUUUGAUGGGGAAUUAGUAGCCCAUGUGAUACUCGAUGAAGCCAUUCAAAUUUGCUUUGACUGGGAAGCGCAGGAAGAAGGUGGUAUAGUCACCGGCUUCGAAUGGAAAUAUCUCGAUUCCAAACCGUUGCCUCUUCCCAAGAAUGUUUACGACAAUGUCCAGCAAGCAUCAGAGGCUCAGUCCAAGGCAAAGUCUCUGAUGAAAGCAAACUUGUUCACAAAUGGCACAUCCAGCCCGGCCGGGGAGGAUACAUACUGGUCGCGAUAUGAUAACGUUUUGCCGUCCGUGUCAAAUGGGGGGGUCUCCCGCAUAGAUAAAUUGAAGGCUCCGUUCCCCCGAAAUGGGAGCGCCGCGGGACUCAGCCAACGGAGCUCCUCUCCUAGGAGAGAAGACGCCUAUUGGGAUAGAUAUGGAUAUGGGGACGAGGAAGACGAGGCAGAGACCACGCUGGUUGGUGCCCCUAUUGCUGCUGCUGGGCCAAACUUCGACAUACUGGGCGAUCCUACCGCACAAUCUCUUCAGCCACAGCAGCAAGCAUGGCUAGGGCAUCCAACGAACUUUGCCCCUGAGGAGCUGUCGCAAGCUUUAGCCCUGCAGAUGAAACCAGGCCGGGAAGGUUCCUUCGACUCUACGCGUGGCCUCUUUUUAAACUACGAUACCCCUCCAUCGGGCGGGAAAUCCCCUAUAGUCGUCGAUCUAUCAUCACCAGUUGAACGUCCCACACACGAAGCAGAGCCGGACAAAUCGGCACCGCAACAGCCUAACGGAAUCAUCAAGAAUGCAGUCCCAAUGUACGAUAGUAAUGAGAAGGCGAUUACUGAUGCAUCACGAGCUCUGUUUACAUUAUGGAAGAGCACGAGGGGUUCAAAGAGUAUGGGUGUCCCAGAUUCGGAUGGGGAAAAGGAAGCAUUCUUAUCUCUCGUAUCCCAAUCAUUG